UGCGCGGGCGCUUCCGCAGGAAGAAGGAAGCGGCACCACGUUCGUCUCCUGCCCUCCCUCCCGGCCUCCCGGGUCCUCCGGCCGCCACCAUGUCUGCCUCGGCUGUCUUCAUUCUCGACGUCAAGGGCAAGCCCCUGAUCAGUCGCAACUACAAAGGUGAUGUGGCCAUGAGCGAGAUAGAGCACUUUAUGCCUCUGCUCAUGCAGCGGGAGGAGGAGGGCGCCCUGGCCCCACUGCUGAGCCACGGCCGAGUCCACUUCCUGUGGAUUAAACACAGCAACCUCUACUUGGUGGCCACCACACUGAAGAAUGCCAAUGCCUCACUCGUGUACUCCUUCCUCUACAAGACAGUGGAGGUAUUCUCUGAAUACUUCAAGGAGCUGGAGGAGGAGAGCAUCCGAGACAACUUUGUCAUCGUCUACGAGCUACUGGAUGAGCUCAUGGACUUUGGCUUCCCCCAGACCACAGACAGCAAGAUUUUGCAGGAGUACAUCACACAGCAGGGCAACAAGCUGGAGACAGGCAAGUCGCGGGUGCCGCCCACUGUCACCAAUGCUGUGUCCUGGCGCUCCGAGGGCAUCAAGUACAAGAAGAAUGAGGUCUUCAUUGACGUCAUAGAGUCUGUCAACCUGCUGGUCAAUGCUAAUGGCAGUGUCCUGCUGAGCGAGAUUGUGGGCACCAUCAAGCUCAAGGUGUUUCUAUCAGGAAUGCCAGAGCUGCGGCUUGGCCUCAAUGACCGAGUCCUCUUUGAGCUCACUGGCCUUUCAGGGAGCAAGAACAAAUCCGUGGAACUGGAGGAUGUGAAAUUUCACCAGUGUGUGCGACUUUCUCGUUUUGACAAUGACCGCACCAUUUCCUUUAUCCCACCGGAUGGUGACUUCGAGCUCAUGUCUUACCGCCUCAGCACCCAGGUCAAGCCGCUGAUCUGGAUUGAGUCUGUCAUUGAGAAGUUCUCCCACAGUCGUGUAGAGAUCAUGGUCAAGGCCAAGGGACAGUUUAAGAAGCAGUCGGUGGCCAAUGGUGUGGAGAUAUCUGUGCCAGUACCCAGUGAUGCUGACUCCCCACGUUUCAAGACCAGUGUGGGCAGUGCCAAGUACGUGCCCGAGAAGAACAUUGUGAUUUGGAGUAUUAAAUCUUUCCCGGGGGGCAAGGAGUACCUGAUGCGUGCCCACUUUGGCCUCCCCAGUGUGGAGAAGGAGGAGGAAGAGGGCCGACCACCCAUUGGGGUCAAGUUUGAGAUCCCUUAUUUCACUGUCUCCGGGAUUCAGGUCCGAUACAUGAAGAUCAUCGAGAAAAGUGGUUACCAGGCCCUGCCCUGGGUCCGCUACAUCACCCAGAGUGGUGAUUAUCAACUUCGUACCAGCUAGAAUGGAAAUGAUGUAGGGGCUUGAACAUGGGCCUCCCUCUCCAUAGGCCCUGACUGCAGACUUUAGAGAGAGGGAAAGAAGGUAGGGAAGGUGUGUGUGAGCAGGCUGCUUGUUGGCUUAGCAGUUUCUUGCUUCCUGCUCCCAGAACCUGGGCCCCACCCCCCAGUCUUGUUGUUUACCCAUAGACUGGGAGGGAUGGUCUCCCUCCUACCUCUGCUUCCCAGCUCCUACACUUCCACUUUCAUAUCAAGAGAGGAGGGGCUUUGAAGUCCCUCCAGGAGUGCCUUCUUGCAGUGACUUGCCUUAAGGGAUGUGGGGGCCCCUCCUCCUUCACAGCUGCUGAGCCCAGAGGCCUUUCUCUGGCCCACUCUUCUGCAUUUUAGGAUGGCAUUAAAAAGAUGAAUUUA